CAGAAUUCUAGUGAAGUGGACGCGAAGAAAGGAAGCUCCCCCCAAGUCCCCAUGAUAUUUGUCACCCUUCUCUCCUCUCCUUCCUUGCACACCCAAAUCACUCCUACUCAUCCCUCUCUCUCUCUCUCUUUCUUUCUCUCUCAAACACAUACACACACACAACCAAAAUCAAAAGAGCAUUCUUCUCUCUACACCUUAAAUUUCAUUCAAUAUUCUACAUCUUUAGGUGAAUGAACAUGGAUAAGGAAGAAGGACUUGUGAUGAUCAAAAGGGCAGAGAUUGACACAAGAGCACCCUUUCGCUCGGUCAAAGAGGCCGUCACAUUGUUUGGUGAGAAAGUUUUAGCUGGAGAGGUAUAUUCCAGCAAGCUCAAAGAGAUGCAGAAUGGAGCAAGUGAAAAUGGGUAUGACCAUCUAAGGCUUGGUAUUACAUCUGAGUUAGAGGAGACAAAACAAAGUCUUGAGAAAGCGAAAGAAGAAAGCAUGGUAAUGGCAAAUUGCCUCUCUUCUAUGAAGGAAGAGCUUGAUCAGACACGGCGAGAGCUCCAACAAUUAAAACAACGUGAAUCUGAGAAGCCGGUGGAGACUGAGACUGAGAUUGAAGAUGUCAAGGUUGUCGAAGAUUCGACAAAAUUUGAGGUCAAAACACAAACUUCAAAUGAAGAAGGAAUGGAAUUUCAGAAGAAAAGAUAUGUGACCUUUGCAAAUCCUCCUUCCUUAGCACACCUUGUAAUACCACAAGGUGUUGAAAAACUUGAGAGACACCCUUCCCUCAGGAAGAAGAAGAAAAAGCCUUUGAUCCCAUUGAUAGGAGGGCUUUUUUCCAGGAAAAAAGGCAGCACAGAAGUUGCAUUACCAAGAGUUCCCUAAGUGCAUUUCAAAAUUUUCAACAUAUAUAAUAUCUUUGCUUCCAAGAAUAAUAACAAAUUUUUUUUUGUUUUGGUAAGACUUUUGUUUCUAUCUAAGCAAUUCUAGCCAGUAAAGUGGGUCUGGAAUGAAAUGAAAUUCGGAGCAGAGUAUGAAUUUUCAGUAAGAGAGACAUGUAAUAACUUACCUUAUAUACACAACAUUAUACUUUACUUCAA